UUGUUGCAGAUGUUCUUUCAGAAUUCCUGGAAGUGGCUGUUCACCUCAUCUUGUAUGUCAGAGAAGUUUACCCUAUUGGGAUCUUUCAGAAGAGGAAAAAAUACAAUGUACCUGUCCAGGACUUUUUGAUGGACUUAUUUUUGAGGAGAUCUUAGUUCCUGUCAUAAGAGAGAACAGCCCCAUAGCUGAGGAUACAGCAAGUGCUCCUGGGACAAGCAGGAUACUGUUAUCAUGGAUAACAGUAGUAGAAGGCUGCCCCAGCUCUGUGCAGUGAGCAUUGUCCUGGCUCAUGUCAAAUACAGCUCUGACUCUUCCCUGUGUUUGCUGCAGAUGUCCUGCCACCCAGAGCUGAACCAGUACAUCCAGGACACGCUGCACUGUGUAAAGCCACUGCUGGAGAAGAACGAUGUGGAGAAAGUUGUGGUUGUAAUUCUGGAUAAAGAGCACCACCCCGUGGAGAGAUUUGUCUUUGAGAUCACCCAGCCACCUCUUCUUUCCAUUAGUUCUGAGUCCCUGCUGUCCCACGUGGAGCAGUUACUGCGUGCCUUCAUCCUGAAAAUCAGCGUGUGUGAUGCUGUGCUGGACAACAACCCCCCAGGUUGCACCUUCACAGUUCUGGUUCACACACGGGAGGCUGCCACACGCAACAUGGAAAAGAUCCAGGUGAUAAAGGAUUUCCCUUGGAUCCUUGCUGAUGAGCAAGACGUGCACAUGCACGACCCCCGGCUUAUUCCCUUGAAAACCAUGACAUCUGACAUCUUAAAGAUGCAGCUCUAUGUAGAAGAGCGAGCUCACAAAGGCACCUGAUUUCAAAUCUUCCUUGCCUUCAAGCUUCAUCUGAUCUUCCAGUGGAGUAAGAUCUGUCACAAACUGUAUCUUGAUAACCAUCUCUUCAGCCGGCCUUCUGGGUGAAUGUAGAGCAGCUGCUGCCUCUUUAUUUCAAGUGCUCUUACCACUGUAUAAAGAACUGACUUGGAAUGGGGAGCCAGAGCCUGUUCCUAUCUUGACUUGUGUGAGAGUACAGGUGUUGAUACAGUGCAUCCCUGGGGAGUCAGUACUUUAUUACCAGUCCAGCUCUCACCUGAAAAGGGCAGAUCCAUUGCACACAGGCAGUAAUAGACAGCUAGGAGCUGUCACACAGUCCGUAAGAGCAACAUUUGUGCUAAGGGGGAGCGAGGCCUUAUGUGGUGUCUGUCCACUGUGACCAUCCCAAGUAGUCUUCAAUAAAUACUGACUUUUACCCCA